CUUUUUCAGCAGCGUUGUCCUCUGUGAAUUUGUACUGGACGGAUUUGUCCACCACUGAUUCAGGUCAUUAGUGUCUACCUUAGACCUUGUAGCUAUGCUCAUGUUUCCCGCGUUGAUUACCACAGAUUCCGGCAACAAGUAGAUUUACUCUGUGACCUUGGGCCAUGGAGAUGGGCAGCAUCUAGCAAGUCUAAACUGUUCCCUUGCAAUAGUCAUAGUGCAGAAGUAUACGUUGUAGUUGGGCUACAUGUCCGAGGAAGUUGGGAGAUUGGAGUUGGCUGUUGAUGAGAGUGAGAGUAGUACGUAUUUACAUUUGCGACGAUCUUGAGGCGAGUAGGUUGUACUCAAAUUGCAGAGCAGCAAUUCGGUGCCCGAUUGUGUGUCUCGGAGAAAAAGGAUAGGCAGAUAGAGAGCUGAGGCGGUACAUAGAGUCUCUGGUGUGGGAAGAUUUGAGCGACUUGGAGACAAGGCCGUCAUAUUUCGCAUGUGGCAAGGUGGGCCAAAUGGUGCCGAAGAGUUGUGGAUGAUUUAGGGUCCGCCGUGAGAGAAAUUCUCUGACGGAGGGUGAGAGGUUGGGUUGGUUGCUCGUUUGGCUGUCUGUCUUGUAGGCGAAAUUUGAUGCUAUACUGAAAAUUGUAUUCGAUGAGUUCUGUCUCGAGUAGGAAAGAAGACAUUUUGUAGACAAAAGGGCUGGACUUCUCUCGAUAGAUCUGCCAGCAGGUUGUCCUCGGAGCCGUGAGUAAGUGAUUGAUUGAUUGAUUGAUAGAUUGAGAGGAGGUGUGCUUCGAAAUCUGAGGGGACGAUUCCUGCCCGGGAAGGUGCGAAACAAACGAACAUGGGGAGGGCAGGCAAGAGAGGAUGGUUGAAAAUUUAUGAGAUUUAUGGAGUACAGGAAGCGGGGCCUGUGGCGGGACUCGUGUGGCAGGCCACCGCGCUGGGUGUUGGAGUGGGGUUGUUGUACUUUUACUUCUCUACAUGCACGAGGGCGUUGGCGGAAACAGUGAAAUUUGUGCCUCUGCAAGCAUGGGGCUUCUUCAUCGGAUUUGCGAUGGGCAUGAUGGCUUUGAUGGCCCUCUGCUUCAUCAUCACAGCCGCAAAUAUUCUCUACACAAACGUGGUUCUACGCCACAAGAUGGCUCGUCGCAUGGUUGGGAUGGUAGAGGAUUGGUCCAAGGUGGAUUCCGUCCUGGAUGUAGGUUGUGGCCGAGGGCAUCUGCUGAACACCGUUGCGCUGAGAUUAAAGAAGGAAGGAGGUGGUGGUCGAGUAGUGGGUGUAGAUCUCUGGCUGAAUGGCAAGGGAACCCGCAAGUCAAUGGCAUCCACGCUCAAUACGAGCAAGCUGGAACAGACUCAGGAGUACGUCACUUGUAAGAGCGGAGAUGCCCGCAAUCUCCCAUUCAGCGACCAGUAUUUCGAUGCCGUCGUGUCUGCCUUAUGUUUGAACAACCUCGGCGAAGAACACGGCCGCUCGACCGCCAAAGCGGCCAAAGAACGAUUGAAAGGGUUGCAGGAAAUUAUACGCGUUCUGAAGCCGGGAGGCCAAGCUGUUCUCUGGGACUUGUUUCAUGGUCCGGAGUACGAGGUGAAGCUGCGAGAUUUAGGAAUGGAAUCCGUCACGAUUUCCGAGUCCGUCCCCGCGUACAUGGUGCCCAGUCACAUCGUGGCCUUCAAGAAGCCCCUCAACCGCUGAAGAAGGAUCGCAACCUCCGUUUGCCGGAGGAAUUACACUCCGCUCACUCCAUUCUACCUGCAUGGGACCGACGGCCGCCGUGCUUUUCGUCAUACUUUGAUUGUUUCGUUGUGCUUUUGAGAAGGUUGCGAAUUUACCCUAAAGAUCUCCAUCACCUUCGUGAACUCGUGGCGAACUCUCAAAUCUACAAACUCUUCCGUCGUGGGCGGGCUUAUGACGAGCCAUGCACGGUGCCUCUCGGUUGGACGUCAUCGGAGCAGAUUGCGCCGGAGGGCACAAGUCGUGGGGCUUGGGAGCAUGUCGACCCUGCCAGAGAGCGAGCGGAGAGAUGAUGCGCUGACAUCAACUCCUCCGUAAUGUUAUCAAGGUUGUGCCGAGCCCGGCAUUACCCGUGGAAUGAUCGUCUCCUAGACCGGCCAAUCAAUCCUGCUAAUGUUGAAACCAAUGUAUGGCAUCGACCUGCCCUUCAGAUGCACCGCCCGUUGUACAUCAAGUUACGAAAAUGUCUAAGACCUGCAACUCUGUAAGUCGUUGUCCGGGACGAAUUUGAUGUUCUGCCCGACUGCCAGCAAUGCGAGAGUAGACCAUGUGCUCAGCAGCUUUCGAUCUCGGCAGGCGUCUGGCAAUUCAGAUUCUGAGGAAGCGUAAUGUGCUCACUAUGUAAAGUUUGUGGAGAACACUCUACUCAUUAUCCGAUGUGAAUACAGGAGCUCCUCUGUAGUCAGUGCGGUAUCUUGUUACUCUUAGAAAUCGGGAAGGUUACUGGCUUCUAGUAGCACCAGAAGAUGUCGAGUUGCAGUACUAUCGUGAAUGCCAUAGUUACUGAUGUGUUUCUCAUCAAUUUUGUAGGUGGACCAGCUGCCACAAGCUUUUUGUAAAUGAACUACGUUCUGAACUUCAGUUCUUUCUUGGGGUGUGGACAAGAUGGCUUGUUAAGUCUCCGUUUCGAAGCUGCUGUGGUGGGUAGCGGAUUUUUAAGUCAGAUAGAAUUCCAGGUUUCUGCUCUGUCUGAUACGGUUUUUAGAUAAUCGAGUUCUGGACGAAGAGAAGUGUACUUUAUUGUAUUCUAAUUUAUUAGAUGGUCUGUUUCCACCCGCCGUCAAGAGAUUGUGAAGAACUUUCAACAAUGUCGUAGAAGAUUCUCAAACAAUGGACCUUAUCUGGCUCGGGUCUCUAGGAGGGCCCCAAAAAACUGAUCAGGAGAGUAUGCAUAUGUUGGAGUGGCAUCCCCUGAAAUGUCCACCUUCUGA